CACAAACAAACACACAGCCGCCAUGCCCAUCACCAUGGCCGCUUCGGGAACCUCAAGGCAAGCCCUGCGCCGAGGUCUCGCGACCGCUGCGGCGUCCUCGUCGACUUCGGCACCAGCGCUCACCGCCUCGGUGCUCAUCUCGCGUGCGCCGCUGCUCACGCCCACCCCCCACCCUAUGGCCAAGGCGUACUGGGAGCGCUCGUCCAAGCUCCGCCAUGCGUUCUCGAACCCCACCAACACCUCGUUCUACUUCAAGCAGGGUUCGCUGCCCCUGCGCCGUUUCCUCGAGUCGCAGUACGAGACGGAGCGUGGAUACUACGGCGAGCAGAUUGCGGGCAAGAAGCCCGAGCUUGGAGAGGUUCAGCCCGAGCCUGAGCUCGUCGAGUUGGAUCGGGACCACUGGGCCAAGGCCGACGCCGAGCGCGGCGACCGCAGCCUUGAGCGCGCACCAGAGGAGGAGAUCUACCUUGUCGUCGAGUCCAAGGGCAAGUGGACCUUCCCCUCGACGCCGCUCAAGACUGGCGAGGCUCUCGACGAGGCCGUGACCUCGCGCAUUGUCGGCGUGGACGGUUCGCUGGGCGGCCAGACCCUCGACACUUGGCUCGUGACCAAGAAGCCUGUCGGUGUCGUGGUCAACGGCGAGGCGAGGAACUUCUUCCUCCGCUCGCACAUUCUUGCCGGCGAGCCCAAGCUCAGCAAGGACUCGGGCUACAAGACGCACGCAUGGCUCACUGCUCCCGAGGUCGAGGCCCGCCUGCGGAAACAGGGCGACGACAAGAUCUGGGAGAGCGUCAAGGGCAUGUUCGGUGUCGGCGAGGAGGAGAUCUAGAUGACGAGCAGCAUGAGCAGCAGCGGCGUCACGAGGAAGACUUUGGACGCGCAGGCGGCGGCAUCAUCAGCUCCUGCGCGAUGGAAUAGCAUUACAUGCAUAUCAUCACCCCGUUAA